CACAACUAGACCAAUUAAGACCAGGGAAUUGGAAAGGGAACAUUUGCAGUUGGGAACCUCAAACCAGACAUCACAUCAGGAUUUGAUGGAAUCACCCAGUUCAUUGUAAACUGAAUCUCACUGGAUUUUGAACAUGGAAGGAAAAGGUGCUGCUCCCAAUGGGGAGAAAUGGUACAUGUGUUCUUUGUGUGGGCGAGGCUUCCAACGAUCAUCUGGACUAUCGAAACACCAGCGAACUCACACUGCAAAGAAACGGUGGCAAUGUGAGAACUGUGGAAUGGGAUUUAAUUACCCAUCUGAGUUAGAAGCUCAUCAGUAUAGUCACACUGGGGAGAGACCAUUCAGCUGCUCGGAGUGUGGGAAGGGAUUUUUUCAGUCGUCCCAUCUCAGGCAACACCAGCGAAUUCACAAUGGGGAGAGGCCGUACAAAUGCUUUGAGUGUGGGAAGGGAUUCGCUAACUCAUCCAAUCUGCUGCAGCACCAGCGAUUUCACAUUGGGGAUAGGCCAUUCACCUGCUCUGAAUGUGGGAAAGGUUUCAUUGUCUUAUCUGAUCUGCAGAGACACCAGCGAGUUCAUACUGGGGAGAGACCAUACACUUGCUCUGAGUGUGGCAAGGGAUUCACUCAAUCGUCCACCCUGCUGCAUCACCAGCAAGUUCACAAUGGGGAGAAACCUUACCGAUGUCCAGAGUGUGGGAAGUGCUUUAAACGUUCUGGGAACCUGAUAACGCAUCAACUUGUUCACACGGAUGAGAAACCAUUCAGAUGCUCUCAGUGCGGAUUGAGUUUCAGAAAAUCAUGUCAACUCUCAGAACACCAGCGAUCUCACACUGGGGAGAGGCCUUUCACCUGCACUGAAUGUGGGAAGGGAUUCACUCAGUCCUUUCACCUGCUGAGACACCAGAGAACUCACAAAGGAGAGAGGCCAUUCACCUGCACUGAGUGUGGGAAGAAUUUCACUCAGUCAUCCCACCUGCUGAGACACCAGCGAGUUCACACUGACAUGAAACCUUUUAUGUGUCCAGACUGUGGGAAGUGCUAUAAAAGUUCUGGGGAACUAAUGUCCCAUCAGCGGGUUCACUCCGAUGAGAGACCGUUCAGGUGCUCUUACUGCGGAACUGGGUUCAGGUGGUCGUCCCAACUCACUAAACACCACCGUAUUCACACUGGGGAGAAGCCAUUCACCUGCUCUGAGUGUGGGAAGGGAUUCACUCAGUUAUCUAACCUAUUGAGACACCAGCGAGUUCACACUGGGGAGAGGACGUUCACCUGCUCUGAGUGUGGGAAGGGAUUCACUCAGUCAUCCAACCUAUUGAGACACCAGCGAGUUCACACUGAUGAGAAACCUUUUAUAUGCCAAGACUGUGGGAAUUGUUAUAAAAGCUCUGGGGAACUGAUGUCCCAUCAACGCGUUCACACUGACGAGAGACCGUUCAGGUGCUAUCACUGUGGGACUAGGUUCAAACGUCAGUCUGAACUCACUGUGCACCAGCGAAUUCACAGUGGGGAGAGGCCAUUCACUUGCUCCAAGUGUGGCAAGGGAUUCAGUCAGUCAUCCCACCUGCAGACACACCAGCGAGUUCACACUGGGGAGAGUCAGUUCACUUGCUCCAAGUUAGAGGCAAAAGAAAAAGGAAGAGAAAAGGAAGUUGGAACUGAAAACUCAAAACUGAAUUAAAAUGGUGGAGGUAGAGGUGAAAAGUUGGAGUAGUGAUGAGGACAGCGAUGGAGAGCAAUCCCAUCGUAGGCAAAGGCCUGGUGGGGAUCUGUUUAAAUAUGUUCAAGCAUUGCCAAAGUUCGAUGAUAAGGAUGUAGAAGACUUUUUCACUUCAUUUGAGAACAUAGCUAAAUAAAUGAAGUGGCUGGUGACCAUGAGGGUAUUGUUGAUCCAAACAAAGCUGAUAGGUAGAGCUAGUGAGGUAUUUGCAUCAAUGUCAGAGGAGGUAUCUGGGGAGUAUAAUCAGGUGAAAAGUGUUUUCGGAACCUAAGGAGAAACCCUGGUAAAACAUACAUUGAGUUCAAAAGGAUGAAACAAAGUAAUUUUGAUAAGUGGAUAAGGGCACUGAAAAUGGAUCAAAUAUAUGAUGCUGUUAGACGAUUAUUUUGGACGAGUUCAAAAAUUGUAGUGAGAGCUCAUAUGGAAGAGCAAAGAGUUAAGACUGCAAGAUUAGCAGUGGAAAUGGCAGAUGAUUAUGAGUUAGUUCAUAAAUCAAAGUUUGGCUUCUGACAUCAGUUUCAAUCUGUGAGAGAUAGAAAUUGGGGAAAAGAGAAAUUCUCAGGUAGUGAGGGAAAAGGAGAUCUCAUUGAAGAUAGUUUACCGCAGGGUAAAGAGGAAACCCAUGAGGCAGAAAGAGAAGUGAAAAAGCUCAGGUGUUUUCACUGUAGCAAAGUAGGCCACAUGAAGUUGUAGCGUUGGUGGUUUAGAAAAAGCACUGGGAAGACAGACGUGGGAAAACAGGAUAAGCCAAUGAGUUUUGUUGAAGUGGUAAAGCACAGUGGAAGCUUAAAAGCUGCAAAGGAAUGUAGAACCUGGUCAGGGCUUGGUUGAGAAGAAUGUGCCAGAUCUCAUUAAAUGAUUUACUUGAAUAGGUAAGGUUUACUCGUGUAUGUCAGAGGAGAGGUAAAGAAAUCAAGAUUUUAAGAGAUACAGGAGCAGGUCAAUCUUUGGUGAGAGCUGAGGAGAUAUGUAAUUCAGAAGGAAUAUUGCCAGAAAAGGUGGAAUUCAUGGUGAGAAGAGCAGUGUUUCAUUAUAUAAGAUGAGGUUUCAGAGUCUGGUGAAAAGGUGGUAGGAGUAAUAGAGAAAUUCUCAGUUCCAGAAAUACAAUUUAUCUUUGAUGAUGACAUAGCUGUAUGACAGGGGAGCAGGGGGUGGGGGUGUUGCCUACUGUGGUUGAAAAGCCAGUGGAAUAUCAAGCAACUGACACGUUAUAGGAAGUAUGUCCUGGGAUUUUUCCUGACUGUGUUGGAACAAGGUCACAAAGCUACAGGUUGAAGCAGGGGGAGAAAUCAAAGAAUUAAGAUGAGGAACUUGAAGUUCAAUUAGCAGAGACUAUGUUUGAUCAAAUGCUUGAGAAAAAGCAAGAACAGAUGGAGGACAAAGUGGAUAUUUUUGGUUCAGAACAAUUAGCUGAAUUACAACCGCAAGAUGAAAAGCUAAAGCAGUUGUAUCCAAAAUGAAAGACAGAGGAAGAAUGAAUAUAUCCCAGAAUGUUGCUAUCUUAAAAAUGGCAUCUUGGAGAGGAAAUGGAGACCAUCACAUGUUCAGGCAGAUGAGAAAUGGAUAGAAAUUCAUCAAGUUGUAUUACCAGUGGGUUAUAGAAAGGAAAUGUUACAUGUAGCACAUGGAUUACCAGUAGGAGGUCAUUUGGGAGUAAGGAAAACUCGAGCCAAAAUACAAAAACAUUUUUUUUUUGGGCUGCAAUGUAUAAGGAUGUGGUUGAAUUUUGCUGGACAUGUCAUACGUAUCAGGUAAUUGGAGAACCUCAGGCAGUGAUAAAACCUGCACCCUUAAUACCCAUUCCUGUAUUUGAGGAACCUUUUACAAGGGUCUUAAUUGAUUGCGUAGGACCCCUACCUAAAACAAAAAGUGGGAAUUGGUAUUUGUUGGCCGCAAUAUAUGUGUCUACUAGAACUGCAGUAUGUAAUAUUGCAGCUAAAAAGAUUGAAGAGUUACUCAAAUUUUUUACUAGAUACAGACUAUCCACAGCAAAACAAUCAGAUCAAGGGUAAAAUUUUACUUCAAAGAUAUUCAAGGAAGUUAUGGAUAGCUUAGGAAUAAAACAAUUCAAAUCUACUGUGUACCGUCAAGAAUUGCAGGGAGCAUGAGAACGGUGGCAUCAAACUUUAAAAGAUCAUGUUGAGGGCUUAUAGUCAAGACUAUCCAGAGGAUCUGGAUCUGUACUUUGUGCAAUUAAGUAAGCACUUAACGAAUCAACUAAAUUCAGUCCAUUUGAAUUACUUUUUGGGCAUGAGGUGAGGGAACCACUGAAAUUAAUUAAGAAGAAAUUGGUGAGUCAAAGUUCAGAGACCACACAUUUACACUAUAUGUCAACUUUUAGGAAGCGAUUAAAUAGAGUGGGUGAGUUGGCUUUUGAAAGUAGCACAGCAUGUGAUGAAACAGAAAGCAGACAAACAAUCAAAAAUUCACGAUUUUGUUAGUGCAGUUAAAGUGUUAAUGUUACUUCAGUGGUAGGUAAACCUUUAAAGGCAAGGAUUAGUGGGCCUUGUCAAAUUGAAAAGAAAUUGAGUGACAUGAAUUAUUUGAUAAGAAUGGCAUAUAGAAAGAAAUCUCACAGAUUGUGUCAUGUGAAUAUGCUGAAAAGAUAUGUUGAUAGGAAGGAAAGCAAGAGGAGAAUGUGGUACUGGUUGCAAUACAGAGCAAAGAAUUAAGUUCAGAUGAUACCGAUUCAGACAUUCCUCAAAUUAAAUUGGACAAUGAGGAAGUUCUCAAAAAUUGGGAUAAAUUAUUGAGUUACCUUCCAGAUGAAAAUCGAUAUGAACUGAAACAGUUAUUACAAUCUUAUUGGGAGAUAUGUGGGAAUAAGCUGGGAAAUACGAAUCUAAUUAUGCAUGAUGUUGGUAUAGGAAAUGCUGUUCCAGUUAAGCAAUGUCCUUAUAGACUUAAUCCUCUAAUGUUGACACAGAUUCAAAAGGAGAUUGAACUCAUGCUCAAAGACAAUAUAAUCGAACUGAGUUGCAGCAAAUGGAGCUCACUCAUAGUAAUGGUGCCAAAAUCUGAUUCAUAUCCUACUCCACAUUGGAAGACAGUAUUGAAAAGGUGGGACAAGCAACUUAUAUUUCUAAGUUGGACUUUACACAGAGGAUACUGGAGGGUGCCUUUAUCCGAAAGAGUGAAGGAAAUUUUGGCUUUUUGUGACACAGAAUAGACUGUACAAGUUUAAAGUUAUGCCAUUUGGCAUUAAAAAUGUACCAGCCACAUUUCAAAGACUAACCAAUAAAGUCAUUUCUGGACUACCCAAUGUGUGGUGUACAUAUAUCUGGUGAUUUUUAGUCACACUUGGAAGGAACAUUUUCAGCAUCUAUCAAAAUUAUUUGAUCGAUUUCAUGAGGCAGAUUUGGUGAUAAACCUGGCUAAGAGUGUGUUUGCGAAAGCCCAAGUCAUGUUCCUGGGCUAUAUCAGUGGACGUGAAAGGAUGGCCCUGCAAGAUGUGAAGUAAAUGUUAUUGGGGAGUUUCCCAUUCCAUUAAUGAAGAGAGAAGUAUUGGACCAAGUGUUUUUUUUAAUCAGAGGUUCGCACUGAAGUUUAGAAGUGCUGUUGCUCCACUGACUGACUUGUUGAAGAAGUGCAGAAAAUUUUAGUGGAUGGAGGAAUGUCACAAUGUCAGCGCUAGCCGCCUCCAAUUACACAAAUCCAUUUAAAGUGGCUACCGAUGCAAAUGAUGUGGGUUUUGGUGCCGUACUCUUGCAAGAAGAUGAUAAGGAGAUAGAAAGACCUAUUGAGUAUUUUUCCAGAAAAUUGAAUAAUGAUCAACAGAAAUAUUCCACAAUUGUGAAGGGGACCUUGAUCUUGGUGUUGGCAUUGCAACAUUUCAACAUAUAUAUUGCCAGUAAUGUAUCUGAGACAAUUGUAUAUA